AUGCUGAAUACAAUUGCAAUCAGAAGUCUGCUAGGAUACUAUGCAGUAUCAGAUAGGGAGGUUCAGGAACGCGGCAAGACAAGCCAAAAACAUACCCCGGUGCAGAUUACGAUAGCGACAGUAGUUACAACAAUCAAGAUCAAAUUGAAGAAACAAAUACCGAUGAAGACUAAAGAGGAAAAUCUACACCCCGAAAAUUUAAAAGAUCCCAGAAUCAGGGAAGCGUUCCAACUGGACAUUAAAAAUAGUUAUGAACAUCUGUCAAGUGAAGAGAAUAUUGAUAGGUUUCUCGUCUUAGUGGUUGCAGUUCUACUCUCGUCGAGCGUCAGGCCGACGGCGGGAGGUGACCUCAAAAGAAAAGGGCGAUUCUUCCUGGCCAGUUACAGAACGACGACUCACACAGUGAUCAGCACAACGGUCACUACUGAGCCUUACCACUGUUUCUUCACCGCCACCGACCCCGAUCCGUGCAUGGCCCGCAAGCUCCGCCGACUGCGCCGCCGCGAAAUCAACAUAGGCGAUAUCCCCGAUCCCGCUUUGAGCCCGAGCAAGGACGACCUUGAUGACGCUUCUUCAGAAGCCAAGGACGACGUCUUCCCGGCCAGCAACAAGCUGUUCUUCACCGUGUGGAAGACGUCGACCUCCACGGCCGUCGUGACGAGCACUGCCAUCAACUCCUCCAUCACGAUCUCGGCCUCCGCCUACUGCACCUACGCUGGCUUCACGGGGCCACUCUGCUAAGAGGGCCAGCCAGUUGGCCGCUGCUUGCUUGCGUAGCGUAGAUCAUGCACUGAUGUAAAUGCAAAGGGAAAUGGUGUGUAUCAUGUUUGACCCCUACUAUUAAACUUGUAUUUGCGA